GCCAUAUUGGAAGAUAGUACAAGGCGCUAUUAACCUACAAGGAGUCAAUUUCAUUAAAUACAUGUUGUGGUCAAGAAAGCCUUUCAUCAACAAAGCUUCCUCAGGGCUAACGAAUCAAUGGAUAUUUUAUUGUCGUAAAAGGGCUGAAAUGUCUGUGCAAUUUUCGCGGUCACAGUUUGAAAUUCAUUUCGUAGAUUUCGUAGUCUCGAGAUCAUUCUGCUCGUAUUGAUCAUGAGCAGAAUCGCUAUAACACGGGGUCUUGUACCGCUGCGAUCCUUAACCCAGCCUGUGCGAAUACAGCCCGUUCGAUCUGCAUUCUCACCUCUGAGAUCCAAACUACUCUGGGCCAACCACAAAACCACUAAAUCCCUAAAAGAAAAGGUCUCAAAGGAAGGCCAUGUUCUCACAAGAGACGAAUUUCAACUGAUUCACCUCUCUGAAAAAGACAUGAUCAAACUCAUUCCCUUUGCUGCUAUUUUCCUCAUUCUAGCCGAGUCGAUACCCUUGGUUGUUAUGUUCGCUCCGGGCCUUGUCCCAAGCACAUGUGUGACACCCAGUCAAAUGAAAAAACAAAGGGAAAAGAUGUACAACAAGAGAUUAGAAAUGUCUAAAAAUGUCGUAGAGUCAACGUCACGAGUUGAAGGAAUAUCCGUAUCUGAUUUUUUGAGCCAUGCCAAUGUUUGUCGAUUGGCUAAGCGAUAUGAGAUGGACUUUAACUUGGCCAAUAUCGACCGUAAGCAUCUAUCCUCCUACUGCCGCUUCAUGGGUUUGCCAAGCUAUGGUACGCACGGAAUGCUCCGCAAGCGACUAGAUAAAUAUUUGGAUUACAUUGUUCGCGACGAUAAGUACAUUGCGGAAGAAGGUGUGGAUCAGUUGGAUAUGGCUGAAUUAGAACAGGCUGCUGAAGAACGUGGAAUGCGUUCCGUUGACGUUCCUCCUGAACAGUUGCGCAAGUCGAUUCAGUACUGGAUCAGUCUCAGUUUGAAGGAAGAUCCAAUCAUCCCCCGAGGACUGUUGGUGUUCAGCCGUCUGUUCCUUCUGAAUGCUACCUAUGACAAAAAAUAGAUAUAAACCCCCAUAGAUAUCGGUACACCACAUACGUAAACAAAUGAAAAUAGAGAAUUUAUCUUCUUCUCAAGGAAGAACUACAACCUAUAUAACAUUACACCAUCUACUCCGUCUACUAUAUUGUUUCUAUUAGUGAUUUUAAGUCCAGACAUAGCUUAUUGUUGCAA